AUGAUCCCGCUCGCUCGACACUCCGUACUGCGGGCUGCCCGCUCCCAGCUCCAGCCCAGCUGGAAGCUGAGCCAGCCCGCUUCUUCAGCUCUCGCCCGCCUCCUCUCAACUCUCGCAGUUCUGGAGCAACGCAAUGGCAAACUCGAGUCUUCCUCCCUCUCCGCAAUCGCGGCCGCACAGAAGCUUGGUGGCUCAGUAACGGGCUUCCUUGCCGGUUCUGGUGUCAAGGCGACCGCCGCUGCCGAGGCUGCUAAGAUCAAGGGCAUGGAGAAGGUCCUCGCCGUGGAGAAUGACGCCUAUGAGAAGGGUCUCCCCGAAAACUAUGCUCCUCUCUUGGUCGAGAACAUCAAGAAGGGCGAAUUCACCCACAUUGUCGCUGGCCACUCUGCCUUCGGCAAGAGCUUGCUUCCCCGCGUUGCCGCUCUCCUGGACGUUCAGCAAAUCUCCGAUAUCACAGGCAUUGAGAGCGAGGACACUUUCGUGCGCCCCAUUUAUGCCGGCAACGCCAUCCUUACCGUCCAAUCGUCCGACAACAUCAAGGUUAUCACCGUGCGAGGCACUGCUUUCCAGGGUGUUGAGACCGAGGGCGGUUCCGCCGAGAUCGCCGAUGGCGUGGACCCCAAUGUCCCUGCGACAACCGAGUGGGUGUCUGAAGAGCUGACCAAGUCCGAGCGCCCUGACCUCGGCACCGCUACCCGUGUUGUUUCCGGAGGUCGUGGAUUGAAGUCGAAGGAGGAAUUUGACCGUGUCAUGCUGCCUCUUGCCGAUUCCCUUGGCGCUGCUAUUGGUGCUUCGCGUGCCGCCGUUGACAGUGGCUUUGCGGACAACAGUCUGCAGGUUGGUCAGACUGGUAAGAACGUCGCUCCUCAGCUCUACCUCUGUGCUGGUAUCUCCGGUGCUAUUCAGCACUUGGCUGGUAUGAAGGACAGCAAGGUUAUUGCUGCUAUUAACAAGGACCCCGAGGCCCCGAUUUUCCAAAUUGCCGAUGUUGGCCUUGUUGGUGACCUGUUUGAAAAGGUCCCUGAGUUGACCGAGAAGGUGAAGAGCGCUUGA